AUGGUUGCAAGAACGGGUAUUGUGGAUCUGGGGUCUCAGGGAGGCAAAUACACUUGGUUCCAAAAAUCCACCUCUGUAGGGGGAGGAUGCAGUCUAAAAAGGGCGAGACUUGAUAGAGCGUUAGCUUCGAUUGAUUGGCGAAUGAUUCAUCCUAGUGCUAUUACCAAUGUCCUUAGUGCAGCUACUUCGGAUCAUAGACCGAUCCUUUUGGACACGGAAGGUGGUGCAAACUGUGGGAAGUCAAUGUUCAAAUAUGAGCUAAUGUGGGGAAGGGAUCCAAAAUGCCAUUGGGUAGUUAAAAAUGCUUGGAAGGAUAAACUACACCAAAACCCGAUGAUCAAUAUCUACAGAAAGCUUAAAAGGACAAAAGAACAUCUCUCAAAGUGGAAUCGAGCCCACUUCAGAUUAAUUGGGAACCAAGUGAGUGAUGCUAGAUCAACUCUACAACAACUUGAAAGCAGAGACUUUGUGAAUGGAGAUGAAUUAGCCAAAGCCAGAGACAACUUGAAUGAGGCUCUUGCAAGGGAGGAGAUUUUUUGGAGGCAAAAGUCAAGAGUGAAAUGGCUGCAGCAGGGUGAUAGAUGUACUAAGUUCUUCAUGGCUACUACAGUUAUCCGACGACGAAGGAACUACAUUCAACAAGUGCGAAAGGAAGAUGGAAGCUGGGAAAGAAAUCCAAAUUGUAUUACAAAGAUGUUUAUUGAACGUUUCAACAACACUUUCAUUGACAAAAAAACAACUCCUCUGCCUGUGCUAAGUUGGCUUGAGGAAUGGAAUAUCUCGUCCCAUGAGAAUGAACUCCUAAAAGCUAUCCCAUCGGAGAAGGAAAUUGAAAUGUGUAUUCGAUCUAUGGGACAAGACAGAGCUCCUGGACCCGAUGGAAUGUCAACGGGCUUCUAUAUACAACAUUGGCCCACUGUCCAAAGGGAUGUUUUUGAUAUGGCCAUCCAUUUCUUUCGAAAUUUUGAGCUACCGCACUGUAUAAAUAACACCAACAUUGUGUUAAUUCCAAAGAAAGAUUGUCCGAGUGGAGUUAAUGAUUAUAGGCCGAUUGCUCUGUGUAAUGUUGCCUAUAAAUGCAUCUCAAGAAUCCUAGCACUCCGGCUAAGAAGUCUUCUCCCAGCCAUUAUCUCCCCAGCCCAAACAACAUUUGUUAAAGGUCGGCUAAUAGCUGAGAACACGGCUGUUGCGAAGGAAAUAGUUCACUCGAUGAGGAAAAAACGAGGGAAGAAAGGUUUCAUGAUGAUUAAACUUGAUAUGGAGAAGGCAUAUGAUAAGAUGAGCUGGAAUUUCAUCUUGGAAGUGCUGGAAAUAAUGAAAUUCGACAUAACCUUCAUCAGGUGGGUAAAACUGUGCAUUGAGGUUCAACGAAUGGGGCUUCUGCUUAAUGGCACUGUUCAGGGAGUCAUCUCGCCAUCCUGCGGUCUGCGACAAGGCGACCCGUUAUCUCCUGCUCUCUUCAUCAUAGAAGCGGAUGUUCUGUCUAGGUUAAUGGCAAAGAAUGAGGCGGGUAAGAUUGCGGGCUUCAAAUUCACAAGGGGGGGGGGGGCAGCUAUUACCCACCUUAUGUUCGCGGAUGACAUUAUUUUGUUUGGAAAAGCAUCAGUAAAAGAAGCUAACAAUUUCCUUAAGUGCUUCGAUGAGUAUUGUGCUUGGUCGGGGCAAGCGGUAAACUAUCAUAAGUCGACUGUUUAUUUUACUCAGGGAGUUCCCGGUAACAAGGCGCAAGAGAUUAUGAACAUCCUGGGAAUGAAACGGAUGCAAAAUGACUCUAUAUACCUUGGGCUACCGCUCUUUAGAUCCUUCAAAAGAUCUAAAGAUCUCAACUUCCUGGUGGAUAAAGUAAUGCAGCGAGUAAAGAGUUGGAAAACAAGACUUCUUUCCAAGGCGGGUCGAGCUUGUCUCAUUCAGUCGGUAGCUUCUUCCCUUGCUACCUAUGUUGCAGCCUCGGACGUAAUUCCAAAAACAAUCGCUAGAAAAGUGGAUAAGGAGUUGAGAGAUUUCUGGUGGGGGGAUACAAAGGCAAAAAAAACUUUCCAUACUGUUGAUUGGAGUUCCCUUUGUCAAUCAAAAAUGCGAGGGGGCCUCGGAUUCAGAAAAAUUGACACUAUCAACUCAGCCUUUAUUCUUAAAUGGGGUUGGAAAGCCCUAACAGAUAAAGAGAGCGUCUGGGGAACAAUUAUCCAAAAUAAAUAUCUAAACCACAGAAACUUCUUCGAUGUGGAGAUCAAUAGCAGAGACUCAAGCUUUUGGAAAUCGAUCCUAAAGUCUAGGUCUCUUCUACUCAACCAUGUUUGCAGAAAGAUUGGCAAUGGGAAAGAGACAUCUAUUUGGUUUGACCCGUGGGUGCCUUUCGCUAAUAGAAGUCCCACACCACUUUUGGAUGCAACACAUGGAGUGGCAUGGGUAAACCAAUUUAUAACUGAAGACGGUUGUUGGGAUGAAGAGAUGAUCAAAAGCUGGUUCAACCGAGCUGAUGCGAAAGCCAUCCUUAACAUUCAACUCCCGCGGGAUGAUGUGAAGGAUGAUUGGCUUUGGAUGGGGGAACCAAGUGGCUUGUUCUCAAUUAAAUUGGCUUGUCGAUUUGUGAAGGGAGAAAACUCAGCUACCUCUGUCGACCCAAAAUGGAAAAUGAUCUGGAACUCCAAGGUUCAUCCGAGAUUGAAGCUCAUUUGGUGGCAAAUGGAGAGGAACGCAUUCCCAACUAGAGGGAAACUUGCUUGUGUCAUGGAAUUAAAUUCUAUAUGCUACCCUGUUUGUGGAGAGGAGACCGAGACCUUCUUCCACCUGAUGUGGAAAUGUACUUAUGCUAAAGCCCUAUGGUUUAACUCCUCACUGGGAUUACGAGUGGAACUGGUGGAUGUUCAUGACUGGGAGCAGUGGAAGAAUUGGUUCUUAGAGGAUACCAAUAGACCACCAAACAUCACCUUCUUAGAGAUUAUGGUUAUUGCACUUUGUGUAAUGGAAGCUAUGUGGAAAGAAAGAAACUCUGUUGUCCAUGGCCAAUCAAAGAACUUGAUAUGGCAGGUGUUAUCCAACAUAAAUAGAAAAAUUAGGGAACAACUUCAUGUAGUCUCCAAUGCAGUGGAGGAUUUCUGUGCUUGGAGUCCGCCUCCGGCGUCGUGGCUUUGCUGCAAUUGUGACGUUUCCUGUGAUGAUGAAGGAAUGGUAUUAGCAACAGUGGUUCGUGAUGACCAAGGAAGGAUCGUUACAAUCAAAACUGAGAGAAACCAUCUAACAGACCCUUUAAUUGGAGAAGUUGUUGCCGUUUGCAUGACUGCUGAAUUGAUGAUAGACAAGAAGGUUGUGCACGUCGUAUUCCAGAGUGACAACAUUGAAACAGUCAAGGCAUUCUCCAAUGCGACUGAUAGGGAUUGCAAUUUCAAAUUGGUGAACCUUAGAAGCCGCUUUCAACAGCUCUGCAAGGGAUUCCAGAAUUGGGAAGUAGGACAUGUGCCGAGAAGAUGCAACUUUAUGGCUCACAACAUUGCCAAAUGGGCGCGGGAGAAUAGUGUUACUGGGAUCAUUCUCUGCAGUGACCUGACUGCCGAGGUGCUGAGUGAUUAUGUCGAAUGGAACAAGCACGCAGGCUAA